CGGGCGCGCAGGUGGCGGCGGGGCCGUGCGGCGGCGGUACUGGGGGGGAUGCGGCAUGGCCGAAGCACCCGGAGCCCCGCACCGCACCACCGGCUCCACCCUGCUGCACCCCCUGAGCGCGCUGCUGGGCAUCCCGCUGGACCAGAUCAAUUUUGUAGCCUGUCAACUGUUUGCACUUUUGGCUGCAUUUUGGUUUCGUAUUUACUUGAGUCCCAGUCAUGCCAGCUCCGCUGUUCGCCAUGCCUUUGCCACCCUCUUUGGAAUAUACUUUGCUGUCUUCUGCUUUGGGUGGUAUUCCAUUCAUCUUUUUGUCCUGGUGAUGAUGAGCUAUGGCAUUAUGAAUAUGGCGAGUAUUCCCAACAUCCACAGGUACUCCUUUGUCGUAGCUAUGGGAUACCUCACAUUGUGCCACAUAAGCCGAAUAUACAUAUUUCAUUAUGGUAUUCUCACUACAGAUUUUUCCGGAGGAUUAUGCUGUCCGCUGAUGAUAAUUACACAGAAGAUCACAACACUUGCAUGCCAGCUGCAUGAUGGAAUAGGACGACAAGCUGAGGAACUCACUGCUGAGCAAAAUCGGCUUGCUGUAAAGUCAAGACCUUCUUUACUGGAGUAUUUAAGUUAUCUUCUCAAUUUUAUGAGCAUCAUAGCAGGGCCUUGCAGCAAUUACAAGGAUUAUAUCGCCUUCAUUGAAGGGAGGCAUGUGCACAUGAAACUGUUAGAAGUGAACUGGAAGCAGAAGGGUUAUGACAGACUUCCUGAUCCUUCUCCAACUGGAGCAGUGAUGUACAAGCUGUGUAUCACACUAGUAUCUCUCAUUUUAUUCUUGACACUUACCAAGAACUUUCCAAUGGCAUAUAUUAUUGAUAACAAAUUUCUUGAUAAAACUCCCUUCUUGUCAAGACUUGGUUACCUGUAUGUUGUAACACAAGCAGCAAAACCAAAGUAUUAUUUUGCAUGGACAUUGGCAGAUGCAGUCAACAAUGCAGCUGGUUAUGGAUUCAGUGGAGUUGAUGAGAGAGGCACUUUCCGCUGGGACCUGUUGUCCAAUUUGAAUAUCUGGAACAUUGAGACUGCAACAAGUUUUAAAAUGUACAUUGAGAACUGGAACAUUCAGACAGCUGCCUGGCUGAAACGUGUCUGCUAUGACAGAGCUCCCUGGUACCCUACGGCUUUAACAUUUAUCCUGUCGGCCCUGUGGCACGGUAUCUAUCCUGGAUAUUAUUUUACAUUUCUCACUGGAAUCCUUAUCACACUCGCAGCCAGAGCAAUAAGAAACAACUGCAGACAUUACUUCCUCUCGUCAGUGCCUCUUAAGAUAGCCUACGACAUUGUUACCUGGGCGGUCACUCAGCUGGCUGUGUGCUACACUGUCGCACCAUUUGUUAUGCUGGCUGUGGAGCCCACCAUUAAGUUUUACAAGUCUGUGUAUUUUCACAUGCACAUUCUAAGCAUCCUGGUGUUGCUCCUGUUACCAAGCAGACCUCAAACCCACUCUGUAAGAAGGGCUCAGAAUCAGGACAUGCUGAACUCUAGCAAAAGUAAAGAUAAAUGAUGCCUUCAAAGAAAACUGCCAGCAUUGGGAAAUCAAGCUGUUGUAUUGUAAACAAACAAAAUAAGAGGAAAAACGGGUUGCAGGAGGAUUGAAGUACAAGACAAGUGGCAUUUCUGUUGGCUAUCUUAAAAUCUUACUGGAGAGGGCAGAGAAGAGCCUGAAUGACUGUAAUUCAAAUUAUGCCAGUUAAUGGAGAUUUUACAGGCAACGUUUACAGGCUCAUGGGGCAUUUCAUUUUUAUAAUAAAUAUUUUUAUGAAGUGUUUUUAUAUAUUUAAACUUUUUCACAGAGAGGCAUUUUUUCUCUUUUACAGAAAUACAUAACUAUUAAUCAACAAAUAAUCUUGUGAUUAGAGAGAGGGACAGAAAGCAGCUAGUAAAGAGUUAGACCAGCUGCCUGAUAGCCUGGAGCUGUGGGCAGCUAAUAGGGGAAACUUUUCAUCUCUUGGUUGUGGAGAGAGAUGGUGCAAGUAGAAGACUACAGGCAUGAGCUUGCUCAAGGUGCCGGUGCUGACUUGUGCCCCAGCAGGGGGAUGGGGGAGUGGGGCUUUCCCCGGCAAACCCCGGAGCAGGGACUGCAGCCUGAGCUGGGCAGCAAAGGUACUUCACGUCCUUCAGUGUCACACCUGCUGGUGAUGAGGGCAAGACAAGUCCCGUGGGAUUUGGUGUCUCGGGGCACUGAUAACUGGCUGAGACAAAAUUUAAAGCCAAGUAAAAAAAAAGCAAAAGGGAGAAGGAGGAACUCAAAUCUAGAGUAAAAGAAGGGACAUACAGCCUGUGGUCUGUAGAGUUGCGCUUCUCUAGUGACACAGCUGGUGCUCAUUGCUACAUCAGCCUUACUUUGUAGUCUUAGUGAUGAGCACUUCCUUUUUGGUAUCAAAAUGAGUGAGGAGCCAUACAGGGUUAGUGUUUUAAAACCUGCAGUUAUGGGUUAAAUCUGAAAAAGCUUUGUAGUGGAUCAGACUGUUCUACUCAAAAACAUCCCGUCUUAAGGAGGGGUUGCAUUCCAGCAGGCAACACUAAUAGGAAACCUGAACAGUAAUUAUCACUGUCAUAAUAAAUCAUUCUCUACAAGAUAUUGCAAUCACCACAAGAGUUGAGACUGAGUCCUUGUGUGAUCUUGCCAUCUGACUUCAAUGUUGAUGCAAGUUUCCCUGCUUGUAAAGUUCUUGACUUACAGGGAUGUUUUCAGGCUUGAUUCCUAAGCGCUUGUAGUACAUCGAGAUAACCUGCUGCAAAAUGCUGUGUCAGGGUGUUCUACUAUUUUCUUUCUUAAAUCCACUUAACCCAGUAAAAUAGACUGGUACCACACAUCAAAACCAACUGAAGCAUUUUUUUAAAUGUUUCCCAGGAAUGUUUUUAUCAGGAUUUUGUAGAAGCAGUUCCUUUGUUAAAGUAUUGGUAUUACUUUAUUGAUAUUUAACUAAUGUGUGAUUGAGGAAAAAAUCUGCUGUUUACUGUAUUCUGAUUUUUGUGUCAGGUUAAAGUUUUGCCGAAUUUCUCAUAUUUUGAGAAGAAACAAAUCAGUGAAACCAAUAACAAGUUCCAAAAUCAGUGAAACCAACCAACAAGUUCCAAAAAAAGUAAUAUUUUUCUUUGAUGGGAAUUUUUUGUCCCGUGACCACAUUAUGAUUUAGAGCAUAGUUCAUGGGAGAGUUUAUUUGCUAAUUUAUUUUAAAGGGCAAGAUGGGAUUAAAAGAUUGAUCUGAAUAAACAAUUUGCUUUGUGUCA